AUAAGGGAUUGGAGGAGAGGAGAAAGCACCUCUUUCUCUCUAUAUAUAUAUACUUGCAGUUGUACCACCAGGCACCAAACCAUAGCUCGCUUUUACCUCAGCUGUAUCAAAGGCAAUCCGUUUCCAGAAAAACAAUGAGAAAAAUAAUUUUGUGCGUUCUUGCUGUAAUGCUUUGGUCACAAGCUGUGGAUGCUCUGGAAUGUUAUUAUUGUCCCAAUGGAGGAAGGUGCUUUAGCACAACUACCUGCUCUGGUAAUCAAGACCGAUGUAUGACCAUAUUCUUUGCAGGAGUUGGAUUCCAGCCACCAAGAUAUGCCAAGAGGUGUGGCUCUCAGUAUGAGUGUCAACUUCUGAAUUCAGUACAGGGAGUUAGUGCCACUUGUUGUGGCUAUGACAGAUGCAACCGUUAGCGUUCACUUUAAACUGGAGACCUUCUCAAUGAUAUCAUUGGCCUCAACUGAUUGUACUGGAUGUGAAUUGUCUGAAAUUGAAGAGCGAUUUGGAAUGUGCUGCCCAGUAAUAUUCUCAUUCCGUCCUAUAUGAAUGGGAAAAUAAAUAAAACAUGGCAUCUUU